GUUUUCAAUAACUUUAUUGACAGCAAGAAGCGGCGGAGCUUGAGGGAAGUCGAAUGUUGGGGCGAGGCGCGGUUUUUGUUCUGUCUCGAGCUCGGUGUCCGUUGGUCAUGUCGUACGAGUCUUCCCCUCCCCCCCGCAGCUUCAAGUCCUGAUUUACCGCUCGCGUGGGUGUUUCCGUGUUUUAUUGACUUUUAGAUAUGCCGCAGACCUUGUCACUAUUUAAUACCAACGGCACGUACCUCCUCCUUCGCUUCCAGCGGUAACGCUGACCAGGUGGGGCAGCUGGGUCCGGAGGGAAGGAGCUGCUUUUUAAAUUAAAUUUUAACAUCCACCUUAGUGAGGGAGGGGGUGAUUGUUGAAGGGGAAAGGCCUGCCCGCUCGCUGCCAUGCGAUACAAUGAGAAGGAGCUUCUGUGUCUCUCCAAGCAGCCCGCCGAGAAGGCGGCCGAGCUCACCAUGAAGGGCCCGAAGCGCAACGACGCUGCAAAAUGUCGUCUAGUGAAGCUAGUUGUCAACUUUCUUUUCUACUUUAGAAUUGAUGAAGAGGAGCCUGUUGGUGCCUUAUUGCUUGAGCAGUGUAGAAUCCAAAAGGAGGAAGACACUGGCUUCUCGCUAGUAUUUGUGGAUGAACCAGAAAGAAAAUACUCAUUUGUAUGUGACAAUAAAGAUGAAUGUGAGGAGUGGAUUGAAGCUUUGACAAAAGCCAGCUAUGAGUACAUGCGGAACAGUUUAAUUUUUUACAGACAUGAAAUCGAAAAAAUAACUGGAAAAGAUCCAUUGGAGCAGUAUGGAAUUUCAGAAGAAACUAGAUUUCAAACCAGAUCCCAGAGGCUAUAGGUUCUGAUGGAACUGGAGUGCUCCUCUAGUUUUUUUUUAGGUCUAGUUAAUUUUUUUAUUUUGCAUGGACAGUGGUGUUCUUAUGGGAUCUGAAUGGUUUGAAUUGAAUGUUAUUUAUGAUUUUUGUAUCUUAAGGCUUUAUGGGGAAUUAAUAUUUUAGAACAGAACUUGAGUAUUGCUAAAAAAAAAUCUUGUCAAAGCUUUUGAUCUGGUGCUGGUCAGGACAAUUAACACUAAUUCAAGGAGACAACCAACAGUUACACUACACAAGGAGAAUGUUGAUGGAUAGUCAAGCCAUCCUUUAUUUAAAUUUAAUCAGGUGGGUUGACUGAUUUAUCAGGGCAGUGCACACACAAGAACCAGCAAAUGGCUGUCACCUGAGUUUAAACAAGGACAGUAUAUGUACAACCUCUGUCUGUGAAGACCAGAGCUCUGUAGAAAUGUGGUUUGCAGUGUGGGACACUUGCAUGCGCAGGAAGCUACAUAUAAAUACACAGGGCCCAGUUCUUGUGUACAUGAACUCAACCUGUUUGAACACCAUAAAUUAACAGAUGACUUGACUUAUCAACUGUUUUGUGUGCAACACCUAGAUCAGUUGGAAUCAAUCUACCUGGCAAGUAACAGCCAUACUUAAAGCUGAUUGGUUUAAAAUUUAUAGUAAAUGCUCCUAAAAUUUAAAUUGAUCUCUAGUGAACCACCCUGAAUUUUAGAAUGAAAUUUUAUCUCAAGGCUUCACUUCAAAGUGAUGGCCUAUUUAUGAGAGAGAAUCAGAUUGACAACUCUUCAUUGGGACUUCACUUUAAGUAUGUACACUGUCCUGGCAGAAAUUACUGUGACUGUAAAUACUUCAAAUUUGCAUGUAUAUUAGUGACUUUUAAAUUUUGCUCCUGUACUGCCAUAAAUGUAGAAGUCUUGUUCAAAUGGAAGCCCUAUUAACAUAGAAUUCCAACAUUGUAAAAUAAAACAAAGCUUUCAUUUUUA